UCAUGUUCCGCGCACGUUCUGGAUUGCGAGCUGUCAUUUUGUACACAAACACUUAAUCCGGAUGCGUAGAGAGGUGAUGCUCCGACGUCGAGCGCCUCACCCACGUGCACCGACCCCGCACGUACAGCUACCCCUCCUGACCUCAUGGUCGCCAAGUUUGCGUGUAGGCUUUAUAUAUGAUGAGCAAUAGCUAUCUUAACGUGUCUGCUGUACUUGUACCUGCUUCUACUGCAAGUUUCUGCAGCAAUUGAUCUUGAUUCCCUUCCCUUGACACGCUGACCAUUAUCCGACCCUUCCGAAUCCUUGAGCACCAUUAUGUCCGGCUGGGACGAUCUCACCAAGGCGCUGGGGGGCAGCAAGGACAAAUUGACUAAGCUUCUCCAGUCUGACGCCCAACUGAAGGCCUUCACCACCACAGACGCAAUUGAUAAGCCUGCGACGUUCGGCAUCAAGUCAAGCGGCUCUGACAACACUCUCCUCAUCGAAGAUGCCUUGUUCACGCUUUCGGCUCUGCCAGAGCAGUGGGAGCAGCACUUCAAAGAGACUCCCGUCAUGCCUUACCAGAGCUACUGGGGCAUGUUUGGCAUGAACAUCAAACAAAAAGGCAUUGAAGUUCUAGGCGACCAGACUGCCUUCGCACAAUGGACUCACGUGUGGCGACGCGUUCUCGAGCUCGUGCAUGAGGCUCAAUGUGGCCCACUGAAGGAGGAAGAGCAACCCGAGCAGGAGCGCGACUACCUCACCGGCCGAUACGUCUUCCUUGACGCACCUGUCUGGGGUCGUUCCAAGGUCUUCUAUGAGUUUUCUGGCGAGGGAAAACAGCAGAUUGUCUUCCUGCACACGGCCGGUAGCGACAGUCGGCAGUAUCAUGGCGUCAUGAACGACGCCCAGAUGCGCAAGAAGUGCUCCAUGUUCGCAUUCGAUCUUCCAGGGCACGGCCGUAGCUUUCCAUCAAAAAACCUUCCGCCCGGUGCGCACACGAAUACGGAGGACAGCUAUGUAGGCAUCAUCGCAGCGUUUGUGAAAGAGCUCGGACUGCGAAGACCGAUCAUCUGUGGUGCAAGCAUGGCUGGUCAGGUCUGUUUGGCAGUCGCUAUUCGUCACAGGGAAGUUGGUGCUGGGGGCACGAUCCCUCUGCAAGGAUCUGAUUACCUCAAUAUGGAACGCCAAUGGCACGACCAGUCGCCACACGUGAACCAGUCACUUUUCAACCCAGAAUGGAUUUAUGGCAUGAUGUCCCCAACUGCGCCCAAGGUUAACAAAGACCUGAUCUGGCAUCUUUACAGUGCACAGGCGUACGGCAUUUUCCACGGCGACUUGGACUUCUAUUUUGGAGGUUGGGACGGCCGCGCGCGCGUUGCGUCCAUCGACACGAACAGCUGCCCUGUGUAUAUGCUGACAGGCGAAUAUGACUGGUCGAACACGCCUGAGAUGGCGCAGAAAACGGCAGAAAAGAUCCCUGGAGCUAUGCACAAGGCGAUGCCUGGCCUCGGACACUUUCCAGCGACGGAAAAUCCGAAAGCGUUCGUACCGCACUUGAUCGAGGCCAUUGAGCACAUCCAGAAGGUCAGAAGCGAGGGUCUGAGCACAAUGCGUUUGGGUAAUGGCACCGAUUGAGCCUCACGAGCAUGUAGCCAAGUGGUAGGCCUGGUGUAUGUAUGUAAUCGCCCGCCGCGAUUUGCUUGAAGUUGAUUGAAGCGUUCUUUCUAUUCCUUCGUGCGCUUACCUAUCUCCAAUGUCACUGUAUGCCAC